UAAAUGAGCCUCAGUAUCGACUCUUCCGUUUGCCCCGCCCCUUGCCUCUCGAACAGCCAAUCACAACGAGGCGCACGUGACGAGCGUUCUUUGCGAUGACCUCAUCCCUAGUGUGGGAUGACGUCAAAUUCAAGAUGGAUGGAAUCACGACCAGUGCGCAGAAAUCUACACAACAGUGAAUAAAGUGGCGGCUGUGCGGAGGAAAGAGCGCAGCGACGACGGCCACGCUAUGGAGAGCCUGGUACAUUACAGUAACCCCUCCCAUACCCUGUCAGUGUUGGGGCUUCUCAAUGAGCAGCGGCUGCGGGGUCAGAUGUGUGAUGUAGUCCUGGUUGUGGCAGACCAGAGGUACCAGGCUCAUAAGAGUGUUCUGGCUGCCAGCAGUGAAUAUUUCCAGUCCCUGUUCACACGGGUGGAUGCAGAAUCACUAAAAGUGGUCAACCUGGACUUCUGUGAACCCGACGCCUUUGAAAUAGUUCUGAAUUACAUUUACUCCUCCUCGCUCUUUGUGGACAAAGGCAGCCUGGCAGCCAUUCAAGAACUGGGCUACAGCCUUGGAAUCCCUUUCCUUACCAACAUAGUGUCUGCAAGGCCACAUGCAUCAUAUUGUGUGUCAAGAAAAAGGCUUUCGUUCUCAGAAGGGGAUGAGAAUGAUGUCCAGACAAGGAGUGUCAUUGUUUGUCGGGUCCGGAAUGACACGACCCAUCCCUCUCGCCCAAAUUAUCAGAGAAAAACACCAGAGAGAUCGUUAUCUCCUCACUCGACCCCUGUGUCAGCUCACCCACCAGCAGAUCACAACUCGCAGGAAUCGGUAAGAAACUCUGAAUCCAUCAGCAGGAAAUUAUCUGAACAAAGUGAAUCUGCUGACAGGAAGUUCACCUAUCCCUACACCUCUAUACUAAAAGGGAAAUCAUCACACAUCACAUCUCUUCGGCCUCAGCUGACAUCCUCAGUUUCAUUCAGUGACGCUGAAACGCAGCACAUCAGGAUGCAAUUCGGCACUGACCGUGUUACUAAAGAUGAAGAGGAGCAAGAGCAGCGCUAUCACACCAAAGUGCCCUUUGAGGGUCAGGCCCGGGAGCCAAGCCAGACCAUUGACAGGAGCGGGCCGCUCAUAAAAAGCCUACUCCGCAGAUCAUUAUCUAUGGACAGCCCCGUUCCAGUCUUCUCUCCCACACUGGAGCUCAAGGACCUGCAAAAUCGAGAACAGUCGGUGGUUAAAAUGGCAUCAAAAGCGUCUGGGCCAGAACCUUCGGCUCAAAAUGGCAAUCCAAAAAACGCAUCUCUGGUUCUCAGGCCACCGUACCCCAGCAGGUAUGAUGAAGAAACUCAGGUAGAAAGAGUGGUCAGUGUGAAAGCUGAGCCAAGCAGUCCUCUCCCCGACCCAAUGGACAUUGUCCGAAUCACAGUGGGAGAUGCUUUGCCUGUCAAUCUUAAAGACUUGCAAACAAAUUAUGACGAAGUUUCCAAGGUAGACUUCAGUUCUUCGGGAAAAAGAAAGGAAAGACCAGACAACAGAAGGUACCCAUUCAAGAAAAACAAAUUAUAUAAAGAACGUACCUUCUCAUUUGAUGAGAACAUGACAGAAACGGUACAUCAGAGUGCAAGCAGUGAGUCAAAUGAGAACAGUGGGGAGCCGACUAAGAACAAGAUUUUCAAAUGCUGGAACUGUUUGAAGGUUUUCAGGUCCAGCGCUGGUCUACAUCGUCAUGUAAAUAUGUAUCACAAUCCUGAAAAGCCGUAUGCCUGCGACAUCUGCCACAAGCGCUUCCAUACCAACUUCAAAGUGUGGACACACUGCCAAACUCAGCAUGGUGUUGUACAAAACCCUGCCUCAUCCUCCAGCUCCUCCGUGCUAGAUGAGAAAUUUCAAAAGAAGUUAAUAGAUAUUGUGAGGGAGAGAGAAAUAAAGAAAGCUUUGCUUUGGAAGCUGAAGCGGAAUAAGCAGAGCUUGCAAUCUCCUGUACUCACCAAGAAGAGAUUAAGGCCCAGCUAUAUAUGUCCUUACUGUGCGAAAGUAUUUGUGUUCCAGUCUCAGUACAGGCAGCAUUUAAGGACGCAUCCUGCAGAAAAAGCUGAGCAGGACACAUCAAGUGAAGGCAUCCUCUACCAGGAGCAGGAUGACAUCAUUCCACAGAAGAAUGCAGAUACUGGUGUUUACUCUUGUAGACUAUGUAAUAUGAAGUUGUCAUCUCUCUUUGAGCAGGGUGAUCAUGAGAGGGGCUGUCGUCAUGCGACUGUGUGUCCUUACUGUGGCCUCAGAUUCUCUAGUCCAUCUGUCAAGAGGGACCAUGAGGCACAUUGUAAGUAUAAGAAACUGACAUGCCUGGAGUGUAUGCGGACCUUCAAAUCCUCCUUCAGCAUAUGGCGUCACCAGGUGGAGGUCCAUAACCACAACAUGAUGACUGUUAAGGAGCAGAUUCAACUACGGCAACAAGAGAACAAUGAAGAGGUGUCUGACAUUCUCCAAGAGGAGCAUUACAGUGAUGAGCCUCUUGCGACUGGAAUCUCAAGAGAGAACAUCAGUUACAGUGACUCCUCAGGUCCACACAUGUAUGAUUCAGAAGACUCCUCGUCCUAUGUGCCUGAGGACUUGAGCAUGGGUCACUUCGGUAAGCUUGUAGUCAAGGAAGAGCCUUUAGAGGAGGCUGUGAGUGAGAGGGAAAACACAGAGUCUGCCAAAACUGGGUGUGAGGAACCUGGUGUGUGGCCAUGCGAGAAAUGUGGGAAUCUUUUCAGCUCACGUAAAGACCUGGAACGACACCAGGAGCUGCUAUGCCACAUUAAACCAUUCAUCUGUCACAUCUGCAACAAAGCCUUCAGGACCAACUUCCGCCUUUGGAGCCACUUCCAGUCCCAUGUUCACGAGCCUGGAGCCAAAGAGAUUGAAAGACACCCUUCGCCCCUGACUCCCUCCCCUCCCACGACUCCUCACAACCCUGAGCAUCGCUCACCACAGGCCACCGUGCUCAAAUCCACCCAGGCGGGCCCAGUCGCCGCAGUGAUGGCUGAGGAGUCCAGUAGCCCCGAGCCCUGCAGCUCGUCAACAGGCAAAACGAAGAGGCUCGAACCAGAACAGCAACCCAGCAGCCACAGCCCUCUGUCAAGGUCGGACAGUAUGGAGAAUCCAGGUGGCCCUCAGGAAUCAGACACACUCUUUUACCAUGCUCCAUCAUUGUCUGCACUGACAUUUAAGAGGCAGUACAUGUGUAAACUCUGUCACAGGACCUUCAAGACGGCCUUUAGUCUGUGGAGCCAUGAGCAGAGUCACAGCCACAUGACAAACUGAACAGGACACAGCAAUUGAAGGAGAUCUCGAGCAAGAACAGGAUGGGAGCCACGGGAAAGACAGCUUAAUGGAAGCAAAUGUGUCCCGCUUGUCUAGUUUAAUCAAGUUUUACUUUCUUUUGUUUGAGACAGUGGAGGUUAGGUAUUUAAGACAUUCACAGACUGUCUGCGUUAUUAAGGUAUGAGUAAGGCCUUGUUUUUGUUUUGACUACUUUUCACUCACGAGUUAUUGAUUGUAGGACAGAAAUCAAAAAAAUAGACAAAAAUCAGAGCAGAAAAUAUUUUUAAGGAAAAAUGAUCGUGAUAAUUCAGAAAAACAGAGCUUUCUUUCUUUAUUUCUUUCUUUUCUUUUUUUCAGGUAAACGCAAUAUGCUUCUGUGCAUGAGAGACAUUACCUGAUAGAAUAAAUACACCUCAGCCUACAAAAGGAAGACUUUGAAUGUAUAGUUAAUAUCCGCUUGCCUCCAGUGUCAUAUAUUACAGUAGCCAUGUUCAAUAGAGGUGUAAACGUGAAUGUGCAAUCAAUUGCUAGAUCCCUUUGUGAGAUGAAAUGAUCAUAAAUGGUUUAUUUUACUUUCUAAACAUUUAGCUAUUUUAAUCCUAUUUUGGUUGUUUACUUGUACUAAUCUAUCGUGGUGUUUUGGGAAAUCAGGGUACAUAGUUGCACCCCUCGACGGAAGAUGGUACAACUGUGUACACUUUUUUUUUUCCCAGCGUGGAAAAAGUUGUUUAAACAUUUGGAGGUUGCUGUUGAAUUCAAUAUUAGUGCUUUAUUGCUUUCCUGUCAGAUCUAUCUUUUGAUGUGAGUGACAUCCCUUAAGAUGAUAUUAGUGGCCUCAACAAUGUAUUGAAUAUGCACUUUGUUUUAACAGUUUGACUCUGUUAUAUGGGGUGACUCAGUCCAAAAUGUUUGCUUGGGUUAUCAUAACUGAGGUUUUGGCCGGCAGACGUAAAAAACAAUAGCAAGGCCCAGCAGUUUAUGUUUUCCUUUCUUCACACUCACACAGCAUUCCUUUGAAAUGUGGUCUCUUUUAUUGGAGCCGCAGACUGAUUGACCUUCAGUAUAAUCUAGCACACGCUGUAUGUCAGACUCACCUCAGACACCUCAUGCUGUCAGCACUGCAUCUCAGUGUGCAGCCGUCAUUGAUUGCUUACACUCUUCAUCCAGCACUUAACAGUUUACUGCAUCUUCUUUGUUGCGAGUCUGGUGAGUCAUUUUUAGAAGUGAACGAGACGAGUGCAAUUAUCCAUCGUAAGAUUUGAGAACAUUGUGUAUUCCCUCCGCAGGUAAAUGAAAAUUGUGUUUUUAAAGAAAGCAUCUGUAAAAGGUGCUCAAACCAACUGACUAGUAAAAAUUGGACAUGGUGGGUUUGAAAAAUCACAUCAUUCUAGUGUCAAGCUGAUGUCAGCUUCUAGAAAUAAUUUUGAAGCAAAGAAACGUUAAGAAGGCGUUCAUAAAAGCAUGCUGCAGUAUGCUUAUGCAGUUUUCAACUCGAUCAUGGAAGUUAGAAUAUUCAUUUGUGUACAUUGGACUUAAUUGCCGAUUCAUAAAGAUCCACCACCCCCAGCAGCAACAGUGUUAUGUUAAUACUCAUACACUGACGGAUUUGUGCAAUCAAACAGGUGGUGAUAACCCAGCUUUACAGUGCUUUGGUGGCCUUAUGCAAAUGUUCAAAUACUUAUUAUUUUACAUAAAAGCACAAAAGAGUUUCAGACAACUUAUGACUCAGGCAUUUAGAUUUCGGGUGGUACAGUGAAGAAGAUGGAGGCGUGAGAGAAGCUUUUUGUUUUAUUCUUUGAAUGAUGAGAGAAUGUUCUUGCUUCCUAAAGGAUUAUAUCUGAAGAUUGUGUUUUGAUUGUAUUCCAGUUGUUCCACAGUUGUAUUCUCGUAUACAAGUAUAUAUAUAUAUAUAUAUUUCUGCUUUGGCUUGACUGAUUAGAAGAUGUGUCAUAAAUUAUUAUGAUUGCUACUACGUGGGUGAAGUUGAUUUCUCCACAAAAAAAGAAA